AGUUCGACAGCAAGCAAAAUGGCUGAAACUCGUUGGAGUGCGAUAGACGUUUUUAUAAAAUGUGUUUUGUCGCUCGGUCACCAUUGUAAAUAAACAUAAAGUGAUAGUGCAACACCAGGAAUAAAAUAGUGGCCUUAUUCGUUCUAGUGAAUGUUAUGAAAAUCGGUGCGUGUGGUGUGAAAAACCAAGGAAUAUUGCAAAGUUUUUAGUGUUUUGUGUCUGUGUGUACAUUGAUUGCAAUUUUACUCUUUUACCUGGAUUGAUGUUUACUUGCUCACGGUGAUGUUGGGGGGCACGGGCGGCGGCGGCGUCGCGACGUCGCCGGGCGCCGACAACCUGCUCACCGUGACGGUGGCGCGCGACGAGCACGGCUAUGGCAUGAAGGUGUCAGGCGACAACCCGGUGUACGUCCAGUCUGUGAAGGAACAUGGUGCGGCGUGGCGAGCCGGUCUCCGAUCAGGUGACAGGAUCCUGAGGGUUGACUCCGUGCCGGUGCAUCAUCACACGCAUCAACAGGUGGUGCAGUUGAUACGAGCCAACCCGUCCCCCGUGCUGACAGUGCAGCAGAACAGCUCGCGACACAAGACGCCCAUCACCGCGCCGCAGCCUGUCAACCCGGAGAAGCAGCGUCAACUGGAGGCGACGAAGGCCCACACGUUCCGCAUGAUGCUCGAUCAGGAGCAGAAGUAUAUCAGGGAUCUGAGGAACGAGCUGCUCAAAGUACCUGACGUCAGAAAGCAGGCAGAGUUGGCAGCGGCGGAGCAGCGCUGCUGUAACUUGCAGACGAGGAUCGACAGCAUUCUGGCAGCACAGCCGGAAGCCAAACCAGCGACUCCAAAGAUGCCCAGAGCAGAGAAAAACGCCCAAAACACGAGCUUCCUCAGCGGUCUACCGAGAUCGCUCAGCAACUUAACCGGCCAAAGCCUCCGGAACCUCCGCCAACGAAAAGACCAGCCGCUGAUCCGGCAGAAUUCAGAAGAAUCCAAGAAGAGGCAUAAUAAUACCGUCCCGAUGGUUCCCACAACUUGUCUGGAUAAUACCCCCCCUCCGUUGCCUCCUAGAUCGGAGAGAUUCAACUCUCCCCCUCUUCCUCUCAAGCCGUCCACGUCUAGAGUGAGGGAGAUGAGGCGUUCUUCCCACUCGCUCGACGAGUUGGAGCCGCAACCGAAUUCUAUCGCGAUGCAGCUGAGUUACCCCCUGGUUAAUGUGCCGCCGCCGCCAUUGCAGACGGACAACCGCAGCGGUCUACCGAUCCUGCACGUCCGGAGUCAGUCUUCUCCCGAGCAGCUAGAUGACUUGACACGAUCAGUUGGCGAGCGGCCGCCCGGCACACCUCCCCCGCCGUAUCCACACCAGCCGUGUGGAGACCCCCAAAGAGCCAUCAUAUCCAUGGAGGAAGACGACUCGCCGGCGUCCGACAACUCGACGUACUCGGGCCUGUUCUCGAACCUGCGAUCUGUCCGCGACUCCCGCGCGAGGAUGGCCGUGCUCAUCAACUGGCUACUGGGGGAGAGAAGAUCAGCGUGCGCCGCCCUGCUCCUAGUACUGACAGACGGGUACCGGGCUGCCGCUGGUGUUCCACUGAUCACCCUGAGGCGCUGGGCGUACGAGCUCCAGUCUACCUUCCUAGUGCCCGCUGCCGUGCUACAACUGAAUGGCGUAGAUGAGAAUAUGGCGAACGAAAUAGAUCAUGUUCUUGUGAAUGAGCACGACAAGGAGGAACUACUACGCAACGUCUUCCGCAAAGCCCGUCGGCUCGCCAAGGACGAGUUGGCCCGCCAGCUGUCGGACUUCCAGCUCAAACGACGGGCCGGUCUAGGCGCUUUGUACGGCCCGACGGACGAUGUCCUGAAGAGAUGCGCUCUGGACCGACAGCAGGAGCAGAUAGUAGUCGAGCGGCUUAUGACGGCCCGUCUCACCGCACUUGCGGCGCCUCCGACGCAGCCAGCGGAUGCGCACGCCGCGUUGUUGGCUGCAGUGUCUGCGGCCGCGCUGUGCUUGGGUUGUAGGCCGGCGUCAGUAGCGGCGGCGGUGGGGGGCGGCGCGCGGGCGACGUUCCUGCAGCGCGACAAGCCGUACAAGCAGCGAGUUAAGCAGCUCGCCAAGCAGCACCCGCAGCCGUUCAUAGUGCGCGGCCACCACCUGCAAGCUCAGGCGCUGACUGCAGCCAACCACUGUCAUCACUGCGGCGCCGUCAUUGCUGGCAUCGCGCCGCAGGCCUUCGUAUGCACAGACUGCAACCUGCGCGUGCACCGAACAUGCGCACGCGCAGUGGAGGAGACGUGCGUGUUGGAGCACGGCGACCACGGCAACCGCAUCUCGCGCCUCAUGGAGCGCAUGACGCCCGCGCCGCACCCCGGUCUGGAGAAUGACAAGAAGUCUCGGAAGUCUGCGGGCUCGGGGCACUUCCUCAACAUGGAGCGAAGUUUCCGAAAGAACGAAGACAUCUGGGACCAGCCGACCGCGUCACCUGUACCAGGCGAGCCGCGUCGAGAGGGGUCGCACGAGGAGCCCCCCGCGGCGGAGGGGGAGGGGGAGCCUGACACCAAGGAGCCCGAUAAGGAGAAUGAGAAGAGCUGGCGCGGCGCGACGCGAGGCGUGAACCGCGCUGAGAGCUGCCGAGAACGCGACGCACCGCGACGCGGCAAACACAGAAACGCCUCCGAUCCGAACCGGUUGACGGCACACCCUAACCACAGUGACCUCGAGCCGGGCGCGGCGACGGCCCCCUCCGGAUCUUCUAGCAGCUCCAGUUUAUCUUCUAGAAGCAACGAGAGUAACACCGUCCCGCCUGACCAAGCGUCCCAAUCAGACUGGUCGGAGGAGGAGGAACCUCUCGCUGCCCAGUGGUCUGACAGUCUGCCGCCAGCCGUCCGAGACGCCCUCGUCCUGUCGGCGCGGCUGCGGAAACGACAGGAGGUUAUACAUGAGCUGAUAGUCUCCGAGGGCUCCCAUGUCCGGUGGCUGAAAGUCCUCGGCGUGGACUUCCUCAAACCCCUCGAGAGGCAGCCCACUCUCCUCUCAGCGGAGGAGCUGCGCGCGCUGUUCCCCAACCUCCCCUCGGUGCGAGAGAGACACUCGCGGCUGUACGCGGAGCUCAGAAGUGCGAGAGAGUCUGCGCCGCAGCACGUGGUGCAGAUACGACCCAUAGCUGACGCGCUUUUGAAUACGCUGGGCGAAGCCGGCUACGCGGCCUGCCUGUCUAAGUUCUGCCAGGGUCAACGCAUGGCGCUGGACGCGUUAAAGGAACGGAGACGAAAGAGCAAGGAGUUACAGCAGUUCCUGGCUGGACGGGAACAGCUGCCGCGCUGUGGACGGCUCCAGCUGCGAGAUCUACUGGCCUGCGUGUGGCAGAGGUUGACGAAAUACCAGCUCCUCCUCGAAGGCAUCAUCAAGACGGUGCACGAGGGCACCAACGAUGCUGAAGGCGACUCCGACGACGCGCCCGAAGACGCGGCGCGGCUGAAAGCGGCGUUGGCCGUGGCCAAGGAGGUGCUGCAUAGCGUGGACACCGCGAUCAGGACCGCGGAGAACGAGCACAGGCUGCGCACCAUUCAGUCCAAGUUGGAGAUCCGUGUCGGCACCCUGGAGCGAGCUGAGGCGGAGGAGCUGAGGAGGACAGACCUCACGCAGUGCCGGCUGCGGUACGAGGGAGAGCUGCUGCUGAGAGCCGACACCAAGAAGACAGCUGUGCUGGCGUUACUUCUAGAAGACAGGCUCGUGUUACUACAGCGUGAGGGUGACAAAUUCGUGCUACGACCGGUGCCCACCGCGGCGGCGGGUGCCCAGUUACUACCGGUGAUUAAGUGGGACAAGGUGCUGUUCCGGCCCAACGCGGCGGUCCGCAACACUUUCUUCCUGAUGAACAUCAACGGCAUACAGAUGCACGAGCUGUCAGCGACCACCGCUGCGGAGUACGCCAUCUGGGUGAAACACAUACAAGAGUCUCCGCUCGCGCGACUCGCCGAGGUCAAGUCGGUCGCGCCGCCUGCGCCCCCGCCGCCCGAACACCACGGUACAAAUGUAUCACGAAAUCCAUCAGACGCUUCUGAGAAGUCCACGACUAGUACUCACUCGUGCGAGCAGGAGGCUGCGACAGAGACGGAAGAUAGGCGGGACACGGAGGAGAGAGAGAGACAGAAACAGGACGAGGAGGAGAACGAGAAAGGGACGGAGAAGGGGGCGUCCAGCGAGAGAGACAGCGAGGACAAACACACCCCGACCGUCGGCCGCAUCAGCACGCAUCUCGAGUCUCCCGCCACCCUCGAGUCGUGUACCGUCACCGCCUCAGUCUGCACCGCGUCGCGUUGCGUCACGCCCGCUGAACGACUACGGAGGUUGGACGCGGCGGUGACGCGAGCGCUGCGGGCGAAGGCGGCGGCCGCGGCGGAGAUGUUGCGGGUGCCGGUCGAUCAGGCGGAGCAGUUGGCCGAGAUAGCGGCCGAGGAUACGCUUAGACAGCUGGAAGCGGGUGGCGAUCGCGGGCCGCCGGACUUGCAUCAACUUUUGCUAGCUGCGCAGGCGCAAGCGAAUCAGCUGACGGAGAUACUGAACAGCGCGUUAUCUGUGAGCGAGGGCGCCGUGGUCGCCGCGCGCGCCGGCCGCUGCGACCGCUGCUGUCGCCGCGACGCGCGACAUCGACACAGCGAGACUAGAGACGUCCCUGAGUCUGACAGUGACGAGACGUCCGGCAGACUGUCCGGCGCGCCGGACGACGUCGCCGACACGACGGAGACAGACGACGCUACAGGGAACCCCGACCCCAACUCCGACUGGGCUCGCAGCAGCGAGGAGUUCUCCGGCGCGGCGGGCGCGGGCGCGGCGGCGCUGGCGGCGCGGCUCGCAGGCGCUGCGGGAGGUCUACAGGCGGUACUGGGCGCGCUGUUGGCGACGUUGCCAGCUCUCGAGGCGGAGAGGACGUCGCUCCGGCAGCAGUUGGCCGUGGCCAGGGAGAGGGCUGAUAGAGAUUACCACAUGUCGGAGACACUACCCAGAGGGAACAUGGACCAGUCAAUACAGGAGCAGCCGAGUCACGGAGGCUGACGGCCGCGCGAUGCCAAAACGACAAAACUCUAAAAUCCAUCUAAACCGACACGGGUUCGACCCAACCAAAUCGAGUGUAUAUUUUGUAUCUUUUUAAUAUUAAGCAAAUAUAUAUUCCAUUCUAGAGGUGUAUAUGUCGUGUAUAUAGAAGUAUUAUCCAAAAAUCGACCCAAACGUAAACGUAAUAGAGCUUAUUUUCGUAUUGGAGGCCGGCAGCGCUGAGGCCGCUACCGAUGUGUAAAUACUCCACAUUCGGUGUUUCGUGUAAAUUUAUUUAUUAGAGACCACAUUUUUCGGCUACUUUCGGCCGAUUGACGAUUUUGGCCGCCAAAAUUGGCCAUUUAUGUUAAGUAAUAAUUCCACGCGUACUGCCGCCUAGGAAUAUUGGCUGGAAGAGAUG